CUCAUUACUUACUAGAUUCACAAAAGGUGGUACAACUUUUGAAAUAUAUGAAUAAUAGAUGUAAUAUCUGUUGUUAUUUAUUUUUUUAAGGCAUAAAAUUAUGUGUGGUAUUGUAGCGCAUGAUAGGCUGGAUUACUUUGACCCAGUACUUCUGCCCAGUAUGAUGCUCACAUGCGGCGGGAGCGAGGAUUGAACCCGGAUCUUCUAAGUGAGAAGCGGAUAUUUCAACCAAUGCCCGAACAGGAGAGCUGAGGCAUUCAGGACAAGUAAAACAAUGAUUUCUUUUCUGGCAUAAAAGUAGUUUGUGAUAAGCAGUAGCCAGCCUUGGCAACACAAAAUGCCAAGGCAUAGCGAUAGUUUCAGUCCUACAUGAACAUACCCAUCAUAGAAGUACUUACAACAUGUACUGUCUGCGUGAAAAACUGAAUUAAAAUGAUGGAAAAGUAUGUGUGCGCAAAGUGCGGAAAGGUUGCCAAGACUAAACAAGCACUGGAAAGGCAUGCUGCUUACCACGAAGAUGUUCGCCCAUUUUCUUGCGAGAUUUGUCUCCAGCGAUUCAAGAAUUCGGAUGACAGAGGAAAGCAUUAUCGACGACUGAAAAAAGAUGGCAAGUUUGAUAUUGCCUGUCAGGUGUGUCACAAACAUUUCAAAAGCAAUGAUUUAUUAAAAAAACAUGUGGAAAUUCUGGGAUGCCUUAUAAAAUCAACGUCUGAAGAUCUUGAGAUUGGUAUAAAAGAAAUUGCAAAUGUUGUUGUUGAUAAGUUUUCCACUUUAGCCAAAGAUGUAAAUAAUUACUCUCAAGAUCUCCAGUAUGGUAACAGUUCAUUUGAUAGCAAAAAUAACAUUCCUGACAGUACUUUUAACAAAACAGAAGUGAAAUGUGCAUGUAAAAUCUGUCAGGUUCCAUUUUCCAAAGUUGACGACUUGAAAGAACACUAUCAUAAAGUCCAUAAUGGCUCAAAACGUCAGGUUUGCAUUCAGUGCGGGCAGACGCUUAGCUCAAAAGACAGUCUAGCCCGCCAUUACAGCAUUUUCCACCAGUCAGAUUAUCCAUUCCAGUGUGAUAUGUGUUCACAAAGGUUUAAGAUUAAAGAGGGGUUAUGCAGACACAUGAAGUUCGUCCAUAAAGACAAAGGCUAUCCAUGUGAAGUUUGUGGUCGUGUUUUCACACAGCCGGUGAAUUUGAAGAAGCAUAUGAUGUUGCAUAAUGGUACAAAGGAGUUUAAGUGCUUGGUGUGCAGUCGAGAAUUCCGUUGGAAGCAGGCAUUUCAUAAACAUAUGCUAACUCAUAAAUUUAAAAAUUACAUAUCAAGUGAGGUAGAUGAUUUGUUACAAGGUGAUGGGCAUUUCAGCAAUAAGUCUCAAGAUGAUAUUCAUGAUCAAAAGAGGGCCACUGAAGGCAAGUCUGAAAUUACUGUCAGUGUUGCUGUAAAUGAGAAUCAGGAUCACAAUUCUGUUGAAUAUUUUGCUAAAAAAACUGAAGACGAGUCGGAGACUGAUACUGAAUAUGACAUAGAAAUUGAUGAAAAUGAUGAGCAGGAAUCUGUAUACAAGAAAGGGGAAGAAAGUACUGGAAACAUGGAAGUUGAAAGCGAAACAGUUCAUGGGGAAUCAGAAAGGUCUAACAAGAGGCAUUGGAGUCAAAAUGGACGCAGGUCAUUCAAUCUAAAGAACAAGCCAGAAUCAAAUAUCAGUGAAUAUGCCAGUGAUAUGUUUUUGAAAGUUUUAGAAUUUGCAGAGAUUGUAUCAGAAUUUGGUUCAAAAGAUAUAGAUAUAGACAAUCAUGCUAAGGGUUUAUGUGAAGCUAACGAUGAUGCGGAAAGCAGUAUUGCUAAUAUGGCUGUUAACUGCAAUAAUAGUGAUAUAAGUAAUGGAAAAAGAAGAAAGUUAUGUAAAGAUGUCAAUUAUAAUGGUGAAUCACACAAAGAUAAUGAGGUUGUUGAAUCGAGAAAUAAAAUAGAGUUUGUAAAACUGGAUAAAGUGCAAGAACCAACUCAUCUCAAGAGAAGUACAAAAGAUCCCAGAUGUGUUGAUAAGUACGAUGAAGAUAAAGAUGCAUUUUUAAACGUUAAAGUUGGUCAAUCAAGAAAUCCUGUGAAAGAUAAAGAUGAAAGUAUCACUACAUUGACUUCACAUGAAAGAAUGCAAACGUCGUGGUUACGUCAAGAUAGAGUAAAUCAAUCGGGCACUCAUAUUAACAUGGUGACGGAUGAACAUGAUGAAAGGUUAAUUUUAAAAGGUUUGACAAGUGGGCCCACUGAUAACGCAUUUGAUGCUCCAAGACUUCUGUUCAGACCUUCCUUAAUCCACAAGAUAUUGGAAUCCCCAAAGACUGAAGAAACAGUAAGUGCUCAAAAGCAUAAAACUGAAAUUAAUAACUCUAUUGAAACUUUGAAUUCCAAAACUGUUUAUGUUUCAAAGCCUAGUGUCGUUGAGUCUGAUUCUAGAGUUCCACAGAUUAAUCAUUUACAUGAGGGAACGUCUUUCGGUAAAGAAAAGAUGAAUCCUAGUUCUACAGAUGGGAACAAUGUCUUAGUGAAGAAAUUUCACAUUAAGGUGCAACAGACUUCACCUCAAAGUUCAUUCAGCGAGAAAAACACCAGUUCACCCUCUUUUAGUGAUCCAGAGUUGAACAGAUCUGCAAAAGAUGUUGGAGAGAUUCUAAAUCUCAGCAAAGCCCCUGAUGCAGGGAAGUUCUCAUUAGUCAAGCACAUGCUGUCUCUUAAAAAUGAUGAGAACUUUGAUCAGGCUAUUUUUAGAAAUCCUCUUUACAGUACGCCACUUGAUGUGAAUGGGUUUAAGAACCUUGUGGAGAGACAUAAGAUUUCAGAUGAAGAUGGGGACCGACUGUAUGAUCUUUCGGCUAAGCAGAACAUUCCUUUUCUAUGGUUAGGGAUGACGAAAUCAAACGGGAAAAUGGUGAAUGUUAAUGAUGGACACCAUUUAACAAAACAAUCAUUCAGACAUCCGGACAAAAUUGAAAAUCAACAGGUCGCAUCAAGACCGGACCAAGAGGGAAAUAUUGAACUAUUAGACACCUCUUCUCGGAUCAAUAGAGAGAACAGAAAUGUAUAUCCUCCUAUCAAAGAUUGUAGAAAUUCGGGUGAUCGAAAUGUUUCAGUCAACGUCAGCGGAGCUUCUACCGAUGCAAUUAUGCCUCCGGGAAAUGGUUGUGGAGUAGCAAGUGUUGGUUAUAAUGACAAGGUGCAUCUCUGGUUAUCUAAAUCACAGGUAUUAAUGGAGGAGAGUGUUAAUAUUACACCUACUGAUGAUAACGAAGAUUUGUUUUCUUAUGAUAACUCAAUCGCUAACUGUGAGAAGGAAAAAUAUUCAAAAUCUUCUUCAGCUGUUUCUGCAGAAACUUCAAAACAUUCGAAUUUUAAUGCUCAAUACUUGAAAGAAAACUGUGGUUUCAUUGCUAAAAAUGAAGAGCUGUAUCUAGCCAAGGAAAGAUCAAAUAUUUCUUUCUCGUCAAACAAAUUAACAGGAAAUCAUUAUAAAAAAUCAGAAAUCAAUAUUAAUUCAACUAAAUCGACCUCAAAUCAUGAGACUAGAAAUGACUGUUUUCUAGAAUCUAAUAGAUCAAAUAUUAUAUGUGAAAAUUCGGUCGACCAUGGGUUCCCAAAACCUUUCGCUUCCCAUCAGUUUUCCGUAAAAGGUAACUGCGCGGGUGAUAAUGUAAAUUUGCCUUAUUCGGUGAUUGAUUCAGGAACUAUGUUUGUCAGAGAUCAUCAUCAUCUUGUUUCUCAUGCUAGUUUUGUGCAUAAAGAUCUGUUACAUAGGCAAAACUCAUACCCUUUUAGCUCAAACCGCCAAACAUUGAAUGCUUCUGGUUUAAUGACUUCAACUCAUCCUUCUGCCAAUACAUCAAUCUGUCUUAUGCGCUCACAAUCAGAAAUGCAGGACAAACUGUUGAGUUACCAUUCUAAUAAUCAUAUAUGUUUAGAUAGCAUGAACAUAAUAAAACCUAACAGUAGUUGUGGAAGUCUGAAUACAAGUUUGCUAACAAAUAACAGCGUCCGGGAACAUAGUCAAAAUCAUGCAAAUAAACUAUUAACAGACACUAUAGGUGAAAUAGUUAACAGAAACGCACACCAUAGUUCACAUAUACAUGAAUGUUUUUCUUCUCAAAACACUGUUACUUCAGGUAAUGAGUUCCAAAAUGGGACAACAAAUAUUGGCAUGAACAAUUCUAAGUUAGCUUUACUUGGUGAUGUGUCCAUUUUAGAUUUGCUAGACGAAGGUGAAAAGAGUUAAGUGUCAUUGUAUGUUAAAGAGACAUCUUAAAAGCUAAUGUAAAAUGUUUUUACAUACUUUCCACAUAUUUUUGUGUUUUUAUGCUCCCCCCAAAAAUUAAGGGGGGAGCAUAUAGUCGCCGCUUCGUCUGUCCUUGUGUCCGUCCGUUCGUGCACAAUUUUUGUCCGGGCUAUUUCUCACCAAUUAAUGACUGGAAUUCAAUUAAACUUUAUGGGAAGCUUCACUACCAAGAGGAGAUGUGCAUAUUAUCAGCCGGUUCUGGUUGGAUGAUUUUUCACAGAGUUAUGGCCCUUUGAAUUUUUUUUCUAUAAACUGUACAUAUAGUGCAAUUCUUGUCCCCCCCCCCCCAACUACUGACUGGAAUACAAUGAAGCUUUAUGGGAAGCUUAACUACCUUGAGGAGAUGCGCAUGUUAUUUGUGGGUUCUGUUUAGAUGAUUUAUUUAGAGAGUUAUGGCCCUUUGAAAUUUUUAAGUUGCUAAACCAUCCAUCGUAUUAUUUUGUCCAAAGUUAUGCCCCUCAAGACGUUUCCUUUUAUCUGAAUAUAUAGUGCAAUAUUGUGACCAAAAAAAACCUUUGGGGAGCAUCAACUGUCUCCGACGGUUUCUUGUUGUUAACAGUUGCUUACCAUACUUGACAUAUUUGUUAUAAUUUGUGAUAACAUAUUUUUGCUGUUGAAGUAUAUGAAAAUGUUUGUGCAUUUAUUUACUUGAUUUUUUUGUGUUUUUUAUGCCAUCUGUGAUGGACAAUUGAAUUACGUACAAAAAUGUUUUAAGUAGGGAUGUAAGAGGUUAACCGAUUAACCUAACAAAACAACCAGUUAACCGGUUUCAAUUACG